ACCUCUUCCAUGUGUGUUUUCUCUUCAGAUAAUGUACGUGAGAAGCAGUUGAAAAGGAAAAGAAAAGCAGUGAACGAUGAUUUUUUUGAUAAUGCAACAAGUAGCAGUGCAGUAACAGCAUGUGGUUUCAAUGAACCAACACGAAUACAAAGUGCAUGCAUUCCUGUGGCACUUGCUGGGCGUGAUAUUUGUGCAUGCGCUGCUACGGGUACAGGUAAAACUGCUGCAUUCAUGUUGCCAAUCCUGGAACGAUUGCUUUUUCGGCCACAGAAGGCGAUGACCCGGGUGAUCGUAUUAACACCAACACGAGAACUUGCAAUUCAGAUAUUUUCUGUGGAGUACUUGUUUUAG